AUGAAUCUCAUGCAGCCCAUUAAACUCGCAUGCUUCCUCCUGCUUUCAUGGUCACACUGGUUUGUUUCUUCUGCUGCAUCCUCCUCUCUGAACUCCACCUCGUGUCUGUUGCGGGGGCAGUUUCAUCUAAAUGGGAUGCAUAAACCUGGAGACGUGAUGCUGGGGGGGCUGUUUCAAGUUCAUUUCUUCUGCGUUUUUCCAGACCUGUCUUUUAACUUUGCGCCAGAACAGCUUACCUGUUAUGGUUUUGAUGUUCUAGGAAUUAGACAGGCCCAGACCAUGGCCUUUGCUAUUGAUGAGAUCAACAGAAAUCCUAAGCUGUUACCCAACGUGAGUCUGGGGUUCAGCAUGUAUGACAACUGCCUCACUCUUGGAAUUGGGUUUCGUGCAGCCCUGGCAUUAAUCAGUGGUCAAGUGGAGGAAAUUAUUUUAGAUGAGACCUGUGUAGGCAUCCCUCCAGUCGUAGCGAUCGUGGGGGAUUCUUCCUCCACAGGUAGUAUUGCCAUCUCAACCAUUGUAGGUUUGUACAGAGUGCCCAUGGUGAGUUAUUUUGCCACAUGUUCCUGCCUGAGUGACCGGCAGAGGUUUCCAUCUUUCUUCAGGACAAUACCAAGUGAUGAUUUCCAGGUCCGAGCUGUGAUUCAGAUUCUAAAACACUUUGGCUGGACUUGGGCUGGUCUGUUGAUCAGUGAUGAUGAUUAUGGGCUUCACGCUGCUCGAUCCUUCCAGUCUUAUCUCAGUCUGUCUGGUGAAGGGUGUCUGGCCUACUUAGAAGUUUUGCCGUGGGAAAAAGACUUAAGUGAGCUAAAAAGGAUUGUAGACACAAUGAAGAAAUCCACAGCUCGAGUGGUCAUUGCAUUUGCACAUGAGAGUCUGAUUGUCAACCUCAUGGAAGAGGUGGUGAGGCAGAAUCUGACAGGCCUGCAGUGGUUGGGGAGUGAAGCAUGGGCCACAGCUGCUGUUCUUCAGACCCCCCACCUCAUGCCGUACCUGGGUGGUACGUUGGGUAUAGCUAUCCAUCAAGGAGAGAUACCAGGCCUCAAAAACUUCCUGUUACAAACACUGUUACUGGGCUACAUUGGUUUACUGGCCAUUCUCAGUUUUUUUAUUGCAUUUCUGGCAAGAAAUCUUCCAGACAACUUCAAUGAGGCCAAAUUCAUCACUUUCAGCAUGUUGAUCUUCUGUGCUGUGUGGGUGGCCUUUGUUCCUGCUUAUUUCAGCUCACCCGGAAAACAUGCAGAUGCAGUGGAGGUGUUUGCUAUCCUGGCUUCCAGUUUUGGCCUCUUGGUGGCGCUGUUUGGACCCAAAUGUUACAUAAUCCUGCUGAGACCAGAGAGGAACACAAAGAAAGCCAUAAUGGGUCGAAGCUCCAAAGGUACUACUGAACUUUUUGAUGUUCUAGGAAUUAGACAGGCCCAGACCAUGGCCUUUGCUAUUGAUGAGAUCAACAGAAAUCCCAAGCUGUUACCCAACAUGACACUUGGGUUCAGCAUGUAUGACAACUGCCUCACUCUUGGAAUUUCGUUUCGUGCAGCCCUGGCAUUAAUCAGUGGUCAAGAGGAGGAAAUUAUAUUAGAUGAGACCUGUGUAGGCAUCGCUCCAGUUGUAGGGAUCGUGGGGGAUUCUUCCUCCACAGGCACUAUAGCCAUCUCCAACAUCGCAGGUUUUUACAGAUUGCCCACGGUGAGUUAUUUUGCCACAUGUUCCUGCCUGAGUGACCGGCAGAGGUUUCCAUCCUUCUUUAGGACAAUACCAAGUGAUGCUUUCCAGGUGGUGAGACAGAAUCUGACAGGCCUGCAGUGGUUGGCAAGUGAAGCAUGGGCCACUGCUGAUGUGCUUCAGACCCCCCACCUCAUGCCGUACCUGGGUGGUACGCUGGGUAUUGCUAUUCGUCGAGGAGAGAUACCAGGCCUCAAAAACUUCCUGUUACAAACACGUCCUGACUUACAUCACAACAACAGUAAUGAAAACAGCAUGGUGAACCAGUUUUGGGAAUUCACAUUUCAGUGCAGAUUUGCACCACCUCCAACAGGUUGGGUGGAGAACGGGGGAUCAAUAUGUACUGGAGAGGAGGAUUUGGAGAGUGUGGAAACAGAGCUUUUGGAUGUUUCUAACCUCAGGCCUGAGUACAAUGUGUAUAAGGCUGUGUAUGCACUGGCAUAUGCCCUUGAUGAUAUGCUGCAGUGUGAACCAGGCAGGGGGCCUUUCAGUGGGGGUCGCUGUGCUGAUGUACAGACACUUGAGCCAUGGCAGCUUGUGUUUUACCUGGAAAAGGUCAAUUUCACCACAUCAUUUGGUGAUCAGGUGUCAUUUGAUGCAAAUGGUGAUGCUUUACCAAUUUAUGAUGUUAUGAACUGGCUGUGGCUCCCUGAUGGACGAACAAAAGUUCAGAAUGUGGGAGAUGUUAAAAUGUCGGCCCUCAAAGGUGAAGAACUAAUGCUUUAUGAAGACAAAAUCUUCUGGAACUUUGAAUCCAAACAGCCACCACAAUCAAUGUGCAGUGAAAACUGUCCUCCAGGAUCUCGCAUAAUGAAAAAGAAGGGGGAACCUUUUUGUUGUUUUGACUGCAUUCCUUGUUCUGAGGGAACAAUCAGUAAUAACACCAAUUCCUUGGAGUGCUUCAGUUGUCCAGAGGACCUCUGGUCCAGCCCCCAGCGUGACCACUGUGUUCCUAAGAAAACUGAGUUCCUGUCCUAUCAGGAGCCUCUGGGUAUCUGUUUGACAGUUGCUUCAUUACUGGGCACUUUCAUCUGUGCUGUUGUUCUGGUGAUCUUCAUCUAUCACCGCAGUACACCUAUAGUGAGGGCCAAUAAUUCAGAACUGAGCUUCCAGCUGCUGCUCUCACUGAAGUUAUGUUUCCUGUGUUCCCUGCUGUUCAUUGGACGACCCAGACUGUGGACAUGUCAACUGAGACAUGCAGUGUUUGGGAUCAGUUUUGUGCUUUGUGUCUCAUGCAUCUUGGUUAAAACCAUGGUGGUUCUGGCUGUGUUCAACACUUCCAAGCCAGGAGGUGGAGCAAGUCUGAAGUGGUUUGGUGUUUCACAGCAGAGGGGGACAGUUUUAGUUCUCACCUCUGUCCAGGCAGCGAUCUGCACCACUUGGCUUGUCUCCUCCUCACCCACUCCACAUAAAAACACCCACUACCACAAUGACAAGAUAGUUUAUGAAUGCAUAGUUGGUUCCACUGUUGGAUUUUCAGUGUUACUGGGCUAUAUCGGCUUAUUGGCUGUCCUUAGCUUUGUUCUAGCAUUUCUGGCUAGAAAUCUUCCAGACAACUUCAAUGAGGCCAAACUCAUCACUUUCAGCAUGUUGAUCUUCUGUGCCGUGUGGGUGGCCUUUGUCCCUGCUUACAUCAACUCACCAGGAAAACACGCAGAUGCAGUGGAGGUGUUUGCUAUCCUGGCUUCCAGUUUUGGCCUCUUGGCGGCGCUGUUUGGACCCAAGUGUUACAUAAUCUUGCUGAGACCAGAGAGAAAUACAAAGAAAGCUAUCAUGGGUCGAAGCACCAAAGAGGCUUCUGGUCCCCUCAAUGCUGCAGAGCUUCUGGUCCCCAUGCCUGUUGCAGAUCUUCUGGUCCCUACGUCUGCUGCAGACCUUUUGAUCCCCACUGUUGCAGACCUUCUGAUCCCCACAUCUGAUACAGACCUUCUGGUCCCUACGUCUGCUCCAGGCCCUCUGUUUUCAUCACAUGUGUCGGGUCUGCUGGUCCCAUCUACAGCUGUAGACCCAGCUCCCGCCUCACUCUGGACCACUGUGCCGAUCCACCUGGGCUACACGAACCAGGUCAAAGCCGGGCUCAAGGUGAACCAAUCCUACUGGUUAGUGAGGGUCCAAUGGCCUGCAGUUCUUUACUCCAUGUGCCCCCUGAUGUGCAUGAUUCUGAAGCAGAACGUCCAUUCUGAACAUUCUGGAUGGUGA